AUGUUUCCCUUCAAUACCCCCUACAAUCAUCUUUUACAUUGGGCUUUUCUCUUCUUCGCAGCGCCAUGGUUAUACAGCUACUUCAACGAACAGAAUCGUCUGGAUUCGAUGACUGUAGAACAGGCAAUUGUCAAGUCCUGGGAUCGCCUUAUUACUCAGCCAAGUAUCAAGUUCAGGAAAGUUGUUGUAGGGUGGGUUUUUUUGGAUUUAGUUUUCUUCGAUAUUUAGUGAUACUUAAAGUUGUAUACUAACUAAUUAGCACAAAAAAAUGCAAACAAAAAAGUACAAAGACUUGUUCAGCAUCAAUUGUAACGUGGAUGUCAUCGUUUCGGGUGUUGGAAUGGUUAAUAAACUGAAUUUAUCAUCGGCUGAAGUCAGUGAUCAUGAAGUUUUGAACAGCUUAAGGGAUCUCUACGAAACUUUCAUCUACUUCUUCUCCCGAGGAGCACCUGCUGAGCGUUAUAUGGGGGACGAAGAGGCGUUUGAGAAGCUCGUUAACACCGCUGAACAGAAAAGUCAGCGAGCCCAUUACUCCAUCGGUGGGAACGCGGCUUUGAUGGCUCAGAAGAUCGCGUCUUCUUUCCCUCUGGCUACUGUAAGAUGAAAAUAGGCUUUGUUUUAAUUUUAUAUCUAGUCGUAUCUCGUUGGACCGAUUGGACCGAGAUCUCAAGCACUUUUGCAUCCAUCUAUCCAAAGGAAUAACUCCACCCGAAUCCUUCAAGAUGAACUUCACGUUAUUCUCGAGUAUAAACAAGGAGAAAUCCUGGGAGAAUAUGUCUCACCAUCUUCUUCCCGGUUUAUUACUUCCCAUGAUCAAUACAGGUACGUUAAACCAUGCACCUUUGUAUUGUUUUACGUUUCUUUUUAGUGGCAGCUCAGUCGUGAUUGAGAUGUUCUUUAAGGCCAUUGCCCAAUACCGUCCUGACCUGGUUGUUUUCUCAGGAAUUCAUUUAUUAGAAGCUCAGGUCAGCUGAAUUUUUUUAUUUAGAAGUUUUAUAGUAAUGUAAUCUAACGCCAAGUCAUCAAAAUUCCGUAUACAACUUUUUAGCCCCGUCAAGUUCGCCUAGAGAAACUCCGACUGAUAAAGAGAUCUCUGAUGCAAGUAAACCCACUGAUUCCUAUGCAUAUGGAGUUGGGAAGUAUGGGUGAUGCCUCUCAUGUUCAUGAAGUUUUGUAUAGGGUAAGUCAUAACCUUGUGAUUAGCGUAUUCGAUUAGAUUAUUCCUUAUGUCGACUCCCUAUCCAUAAACGAACAAGAAUUGGCAUUCAUCUCGAAAGUUGGGAAUGGUCCUUAUCAAGAACAAUACCCAGUCAGAGCUGGGGCUCUUCACGCUUACAAGGUACGGUUUAUUAUACUAGACACCAGUUUCUUCCAGGUCGUCGAGAUGUUGUACUGGCUCUUGACUACAUUGGGCCAUGAUAAAACUAACCCAGCUGCCAAAAACUACAAUUAUCGCCUGCAGAGAAUCCAUUUCCAAUGCCUAACUUAUCAUAUUAUGGUAGGUAACAACUUUUGUAAGGGUAAUAUAACUGUCAUGUAUUUUUUUUGUUUAUUGUGUACUUCAGGUGAGUCGCGGAACAGACUGGUCAAAUUUGGCUGCUGGACUUGCCGCAGGCGCCAGAUUAGCUGGCCGCCAAUCUUGUAACCUCGGGAAUGAUAAAUACGGACAUGACAAACUGGAAAUACGAUCGGGAAGUAGUGUUCUUUUGGACAAACAAGUCGACAAAGUCUAUCAAUUCAACCAACACAAGUAUGUGACAACAGAAUUAUAAUGCAUAUAUGGUAUUUUAGCCCUCUCGCUUCGUGGAUGAGGAAUGAAGUUGUGUUCAUCUACACCCCCGUCCUUGUCUGUAAAUAUCCGCAACAAACUGUGGGUGUUAGCGACGCCAUCUCAGCCACAUCGCUGCUCUAUUCUCAGUUUUAUAAACUGGAGAAGUUAUAA